AUGGUGCUAGCGGAGCUCGGUUCGAAGAUUACGCAUGCGCUGCGUAACAUGUCCAACAGCACGGUCAUCGACAAGGACGUCGUGGAUGCCAUGUUGAAGGAGAUCUCCAACGCCCUGAUGGCUGCCGACGUGCAAUUCAACCUCGUGCUCAAGCUGCGAAAGAACAUUCUCGACAAGGUCAAGAUCGAGGACAUGGCCGCUGGUCUCAACAAGAGAAAGAUCAUCCAGCAGGCCGUGUUCGAUGAGCUCUGUGCUCUGGUUGAUCCCGGCCAGAAGCCCUACAAGCUGGUCAAGGGCAAGCCCAACGUCAUCAUGUUCGUAGGACUCCAGGGUGCUGGCAAGACCACCACCGUCACCAAGCUGGCCUACCACUACAAGAGGAAGAGCUGGAAGGCCUGCCUCGUGUGCGCCGACACCUUCCGUGCCGGUGCGUUCGAUCAGCUCAAGCAGAACGCCACCAAGGCCAAGAUCCCCUUCUACGGCAGCUACACCGAGACCGAUCCCGUCAAGGUCGCCGAGGAGGGCGUGGAGAAGUUCAAGCAGGAGGGCUACGAGAUCAUCAUCGUCGACACCAGCGGUCGUCACAAGCAGGAGGCUGCCCUCUUCGAAGAGAUGGAGCAAGUCGCCGCCGCCAUCAAACCGGACACGGUGACGUUCGUGAUGGACGGUACCAUCGGUCAGGCUGCGUUCGAUCAGGCACAGGCCUUCAAGCAGAAGGUGGGCAUCGGUUCCAUCAUCAUGACCAAGCUCGACGGCCACGCCAAGGGAGGUGGCGCCCUCUCUGCUGUGGCUGCGACGGGGAGCCCUAUCACAUUCAUCGGCACCGGUGAACACAUCGACGAUUUUGAGACGUUUGCUGUGAGGCCCUUCGUCAGCAAGAUGUUGGGUAUGGGAGACAUGGCGGGCCUGGUUGACACAAUCAAGAAGGCGGUGCCGCUCGACGGCCAGCCCGAACUCUACAAGCGAUUGUCGGAGGGUAUCUUCACUCUGAGGGACAUGUACGAACAGUUCUCCAAUAUCCUCAAGAUGGGACCGUUGAACAAGGUGAUGGAGAUGUUGCCGGGCAUGGGCAGCAUCCUCAAGGAGGGGGCUGGCCGAGAUUCAUCACAGAAGAUCAAGAGCUACAUGACCAUCAUGGACUCGAUGACCGACGAGCUGGAUGACUCGAAGGUGCUGGCCAAGAACUCGCAGUCCCGCAUCGUGCGCAUCGCCCGCGGGUCGGGUCGAUCGGUGAAGGAAGUCAACGAGCUUCUCGAACAGUUCAAGCACUUCGAGAAGGUGAUGAAGAAGGUCAAGGGCCUCAAGCUCGGCAAGGGCGGAGAGCUCAAGGGCAGGAACCUAUCGCAGAUGUCGAACCUCAUCCCACCGCACGUGAUGAAGCAGAUGGGCGGCAUGGGCGCCAUCCAGAACAUGAUGCGCUCCCUGGGCGGCGGUGGCGGCGGUCUGGGCGGACUCGGCGGCCUUGGUAACAUGAUGGGCCUCGGCGAGUAA